UCUUGCGAAUCGGCGAUCUUUGAAUUGUGUCAACGUAGUCUGGUUGUGAGGGGCUGGAGGGCGGAGAGCGUCUUCCUCCACCCUCAGCUGCCGGUGAGGAGACGGCGGGGAGACUCGGACGGUCUCCGCUCGGUCUUCAGACAUCACACGCCCCAAAGAUCGUCGUUUUCUUCCGUGUUCGUGUCGGAUGACAGCGGGACGGACUGCAGAUGCUGUCACGUACUGAGACGUCACUGACUUGAGAAGCCAACAAAUGCGGCAGCGAGAUCACGCAGGAUCGUUUGUACACCGGAACCUCCGAGGACAAACAGACAGGAACAGCAGCCGCCGCGGCACAUGUCUUGUUUUCCACCGAGGAAGUGAAACCGCAACCCGCCGCAUCCGCUCGGCCUGCACAUCGUGAACUGAAUUAACGCGUUGUCAUGUGAUCCGACGAGAUUUGUGCCUCUCAGUCCGAGACAAGAACUACAAGGAUGCUGAUGCUGAGCUCCAUCGUCACGUGACCUCCUUUUCCUUCACCCCCAUCAGAAAGACAGUUAAUUCAAGCUAUUAUGUCACUUCCUGUCCAGAUGUCACCUUGAUUCAGUUUCAUUUAGACUAUAAAAAGUAAAAACUCAAGUUCCAGAUUUGAGAUUUCAGUUUUUUAAAUUGGUAUGGAGUCCAUUUUGUUUCGUCUUUAAAGUGUGCGAGUUCACCCUACGGUCCAGAGUGAACUCCUCCGUGCUGCGGUGAUGCUGGAUGUGGUGAAGAUGAAGGAGGCCUGCAGGAUCUGCGCCCGAGAGCUCUGCGGCAACCAGCGGCGAUGGAUCUUCCACCCAGCAGCGAAGGUCAACUUGCAGGUGCUGCUGUCCCACGUUCUGGGCCACGAGCUGACCAGGGACGGCCGUGGGGAGUUCGCCUGCUCCAAGUGCACCUUCAUGCUGGACCGCAUGUACCGCUUUGACACGGUCAUCGCCCGGGUGGAGGCGCUGUCUCUGGAGCGCCUCCACAAGCUGCUGCUGGAGAAAGACCGACUGAGGCAGUGUAUCGGAGGCCUGUACCGGAGGAACAACGCAGAGGACGGGAACGUGGCUCUGUCUGGGUCUGUUGGAGCUGAGGCGGGGUCUGAAGACUCUCCUGUGGUGGAUCUGUCAGCCCUGCAGGAUGUAAGGUACUCUGAUAUGGUGCAGGAUGAUCUGGCGUACUCUGUGUAUGAAUCCUGGGCUGAUAAGGAGGACCUGGCCCUGGACCACCACGCCCAUGAGCAGCACCUGCUCCAGUGCCCAGCAGCGGACUCUCUCUCUGCCCAGAAGCCGAGGCGGUGCAGAGGUUGUGCAGCUCUCCGUGUUGCUGAUUCGGACUAUGAGGCAGUGUGCAAGGUGCCUCGCAGGAUUGGGCGCAGGAGCACGUCUUGUGGCCCACCCACCCGCUACUCACCAGCCGCUCUGGGGACCGAGGAUGCCGCCAAAGUCUGUACAGUGUCUGAGGUUGCAGCUGUGUCCUUUGAGUCCAGGCCGACUGGGUUGGAUGCCGACAGGAUGAGUCCCAGUCCGGCGUCCUCUGUAGAAUCUCUCGACACCGCCGUGGACAUGAGCUGCCCUCCUGUGAAUCACAAAGACAGAGAAGAAACAGAACCAGAGAAGGAUCCAGGCCAGGCUUCAGUGAGGAGGGACACCCAAUGGGACAAACCACCAAGUGAGGCCUCCCUGUCUGGACUCGAGAUGAUGCUGAGCCUCCUGAGGGGCUGGGAGUACCGGCCGGUGAAGCCUCAACGGGGCAGCAAGCUCCCAGUUCUGGUCAAAUCCAAACCGGAGCAGGUCCUGUCGCUGCCCGUCCCUCCGAGGUCGCCCUGUGGAGGGGCAGCGGACUGCGAGCUGUUCCCCCAGCGGCUGGUCUCUGAGGUCGUGACCCCCUGUCCUCCGCAGGAGCUGCAGGUGGAGCUGGCAGAGAUGGAGGAGCAGUGGCUGGACGAUUAUGUUCAGGUCAAGCCGUUCUGCUUUCAGCAGAGGCUGAUUGGGGAGCAGCAGGACCGGCUCAGUCGGUGUGAGAGUGCUGCAGGUGACUGCGUCGCCGAGCUGCAGGACGCCCAGGACCAGGUCCACUCGCUCCAGACCAAGAUCAGAGAGAGCGAGUCCAGGAACCAGAAGCUGCAGGAGCGUCUCGCUGAGAUGGAGCUGGAACUUCGUUCGGCCCAGGAGGAAGCACAGCGACAGGAGCGAAACAUCCAGAACAUCACAGACACUGUUAACUCCAAAGAGGCACAGGCUGCAGAGCUGUAUCGGGUGGUGGAGGAACAGAAUAAGAUGCUGUGUUCUCUCAAAGACCUCGCCAGUCGCAGCCAGCUGCAGGCGUCCGGUGGGGAGACUCCUCGAGGUCAGGGUGAGGUUCUGGCUCUGCAGGCGUCUCUGUUCCAGGCUCAGCUGGAGCUGCAGGCCGGUCAGCGGGGGCAGCGGCAGGCAGCCCGAACGCAGGAGGACCUGAGUCGAGCCCUGCAGAGACUGGAGAAGGACCUGCAGGGGGCGCUGCAGCACAGGAGGGAGACAGAGAGACACAACCAGGACCUGCAGCUGGCUCUGCAGAAGACUCGGUCGGCCCUGCAGGACAGAGAGGAGCGUCUCAGAGAGGCAGAGCUGGAGAGACAGCGGCAGGACGAGGACAGAGAGAGGACCAUCAGAGAGCUGAAGACGUCCCUGCUGAGCAAAGAGCAGCUGAUCGAGGACUGUGAGCUGUUGGAGGAUCCAAAGGAAAAAAGAGACUCUUUACUUCAGAAACUCCGCCAGCGUAUCAAAGAGAGAGACCAAGUCCUGGAGCGAGCGGUGGACGCGAAGUUCCGCUGCGUGGAGGAGAAGGAGGAGGAGAGCCGUCGGCUUCGGCUGCUGCUCAGGGAGAAGGACAGAGACCUGGAGAGGCAGAGCUGCGUCCUCGGCAACAACGAGGAGACCAUCAGCAGCCUGGAGCUGCAGGUGCGGGCCAAGUCUUUGGAGCUGGAGCAGGUGUGUGACGCCUGGAGGAGCGUCCAGCGUCAGCAGCAGGACGCCGAGGAGAGGCAGAGCCGCGUUCUCAGAGAGAGGGACGCCAUCAUCAGCCAGCUGCAGGGGGCGCUGCACGCUCGCACGCAGGAGGCCCAGGAGCUGCGCUGCUCGCUGCUGGCUCAGAUCCAAUCAGCACCCAGUGACGUUCUGGAGGAUCUGAAGGUCCGCCUCCAUCUCAAAGACCGACUCUUCCAGGAAGUGCUGGCUGAUCGCACGUGCCAGGCCCAGGAGCAUCAGACGCAGGUCCAGGAUCUGCUCAGAACCAUCAGCUCCAGGGACCAGUACAUUCAGGACUCUGCGAGCCGGCUGGGUGAGGUGAUGGCCGAGCAGACGGCGAGGCUUCAGGAGCUCCGCAGACAGCUGAGCUCUGGUGUCGGAUCCAGGUCUGAUUCUGGAUCAGACUCGGCUGAGGAGCUCCAGGCAAUGGGGGAGGAGUUGCGUCUGGCUCUGAGGAGGGAGAAGGAGAUGCAGGAGCUGAGCAGGAGUCAGGCUGCCAGGGUGGACUCCCUCACCAGGACUCUGCAUGUGAAGGACGAAAUCAUCAGGGACUUCCAGACGCAGCUGGUGGAGCCCUCCGGUCUCCCGCUGGUGGAGCGGUUGACUCAGAAGGUUCAGGAGCUGAGGGAGAGCCUGGUCCAGCAGGGCGGUCCCCCGGCCAGAGGCCCCGUCCUCGGCCGUGACCGACCCAGCAGCAGGCCACCUGAGUUUGCAGAAGUGAGCUCAGAGGAUGAAGAUGAGGCUGAUGAUGAUUUGAACAGUGAAUGCAGUGAGAGCGUUGAUGAAGCGCAGUCCAAACUGAGGGUCCAGUCUGUGGCCAACGCCAAGGGUCCAGCAAAGCCUCCCUCCCAGGAUCUGUUUGAAGGUCAGGGACUGACGGAGGUCAAGCAGCUGGUGGAGCAGAAGAUUGUGGUGGAGAGGGAGCUGGGGGAGCUGAAGGCUCAGCUGGAGAAAACCGGCUUCUCCUCGCUAUCACAGAUGAGGAAAGCUCUGUUCAGCCUGCAAGCCGAGAACAGAGAUUUAAAGAAGCAGCUGACUGAGGGGCUGCAGCCUGACGGGAAGCAGAGUGAUGAACAGAAGGUGCUGGAGGAGGAGGAGGAGGAGGAGUUGGAUGUGACCAUUGAAGGGGUGGAGGAGGACGAAGAGGAGCUGUGGGAUGUCUGGGAUGGAGAUGAGUUUCUGUCACAGACCAACAGGAAGAAGACCAACAGGCUGGAGUCAGCGCACCUGUUGACCGGCUCGUCACAGGCUGGCCUGGACUGCGAGCUGUCAGCCGCUCGGCACCAGAAGAAAGUUGAGCUACAGCUGAAGAGCAAAGAGCUGCGGGAGAGACUGAUGGUGUCUGAGGCCACAGUCCAGGCUCAGGCCGAGCAGCUCAAAGAUUACAGGGACCUGCUCGCUGAGACAGCAGUGCAGCAGGACAGCAAACAGAUCCAGGUGGACCUGCAGGACCUGGGCUACGAGACCUGCGGUCGCAGUGAGAACGAGGCUGAGAGGGAAGACAUGAGCAGCCCGGAGUUUGAUGACCUGGAGAUGUGUACGUCUCUGGACUGUGGUUCCCAGUGGUGGCCUGCCAGCGGCAGCGGCUCCACCUUCACUAAAACCUCCACCCAGCGCUCAGCCUACAGAGACGAGUCAUCUCUCCAGCGGCUCGUCGAGGACCUUCGCUCCCAGCUGUCCCGCUCUCAGGCCGUGAUCCGUGGGCUCCAGAGCCGGCUUCGCUCCCUCUCCGCCUCUAGCGACUACGGCCCCUCCACCCCACGUAAGGUCAACUGGUCCUUCCAGGCGUCGCCCUCGCAGAGCGGGGCAGAGGACGACGAGGGUUGGCAGUCAUCUGACGGAGGUCCUCUGGCCUCGCCCCAUCACCAUCACCCCAACAAGGGCCUGCAGGAGCUGGUGUCCCGCGUGGACGCGUUGGAGGACCAGCUGAGGAACGGAGGCACAAAGUCUGCCAGCGAGGACGGAAAGUCUGCUGCCUGGCCAGGGAAGUUUGACACUCUGAUCCAGGCUCAGGCCCGAGAGCUGUCUCACCUCCGCCAGCGGCUGAGGGAGGGUCGGGGCGUGGCCAACAUCCUCACCCAGCACCUGGGGGACACCACCAAGGCCUUCGAGGAGCUGCUGAGGGCCAACGACAUCGACUACUACAUGGGCCAGAACUUCAGGGAGCAGCUGGCUCAGAGCAGCUCUCUGGCACAGCGGGUCAGCAUAAAGAUCAGCGGACGAGAUCAUCCUGAAGAUCCAGAGGAGAAGACAGAGCUGCUCGCCAUCCGGCUCAGUAAGGAGCUGCAGCAGAAAGACAAGGUCAUCGAGUCUCUCCGAGCCAAACUAAACCAGCAUCACCAUCAUCCUCAACGCUCUGACACGCCCUGCAGCAGCCACGCCCUCUCUGACACCACCGACCAAUCAGAUCGCAUCUCCUACUUGUCUGACGAGCAUGGAUCCAUGACCGAAGAUGUAGAGCUUUGCUCCGAUGUGGACGCUGCCAGUGAGGCUGUUCCGAAGGAAACAGGAAGCCGACUCAGCACAGAUCUCCACUCUCACAGUGGCACCGUGUCCCGUCACCCGUCUGUCCCUCCAUCCAUCAGCUCCUCCCAUGGAGCUCAGUCCUGGCUCAGCUGUCCCAGCAUGCAGUGCUCCAGCUCACCACACACACCUGCAGAUGUGCAGAGUCACACAGCUCCAUCCUCAGGCUUCACCUCUGCCCCUUUCCACCCUCCCCCCUUCUCCUCCUCCUCCACCCAGAGGGAACCUCAGCCCUUCUCUCCCUACCCCUCCACCCUGCGAACCCGUUACCAAGGCAGCGGGAGAGUGGGUUUCUCCCUGGCUGAGGUGCAUCAGGAGCUGCAGAUGUUACAGAGGCAACUGGGAGGCAGCGACAGGCUUUCCGCUCCACAGUCCAAACCUCUUCAGGGUGUCCCGUUUGCCCACCAGCAGCCCGACUCCUCUGCCUUCCUGCCUCUGUCCUACCAGGGAUACCAGCCUUCUCCUUUCAGCAGCACCACCAGCAGCAGUCUGGAUGCCAGCUCAGGCAUAAAAGCUGGGGCCAAUCUGCUGGAGAGCAGUGCAUUGUGGGAUAUGGCCUAUGGUACCCGACCAGUGAGACUGGGGGCUGACCUGUCUUCUGGAUCCUCGGGGUACCAGUCAGGCACCAGUCACACAGGUUCAGAGUUGAUGAAGGAGCACCUAAGAGAGAUCAGGAGUCUGAGGCAGAGACUAGAGGACUCUAUCCAGACCAACGAUCGCCUCCGACAGCAGCUGGAGGAGAGACUGUCCCGCACCGCCUCAGAGAAAGGCGCUCCUACCAACAUCUACAUCCAGGGCCUGGACUCAGUCGGCCAGCUCUCCGGUGAGAUCAGAUUUCUGAAGGAGGAGAACGUCAGUCUGCAGAACCAGCUGAGGCAGGCCACCAGAGAAGGCAGUAAGGAGGUGGAGCGCCUGAGGGAGGCGGCGCUCCUAGAGCGGGCCAGGCUGAAGGAGGCGGAGCUGGAGGCUGAGAGGUGGGCGGAGCAAAGCCAGAAGCUGCAGACUGAUGCUGAAGAUCGCAACCAAGAGAUCACACAACUGAAACAGGACAGACAGAGGAAGGAGGAGGCCAUCAACAGGCUCCAGCACGAGGUGAGCGUCCUCCAGCAGCAGCUGAGUGAGAGCCGUGUUCUGGUCCACUCUCUUCAGUGUGAGCUCCAGGUGUCCCACAGAGUGCGUGGAGCCGCCGCAGACACACACUCAGGUCAGACUGGAAACGCUGCCCAGCUCGAUGGCAGCGCUGCGACCUUUGACCCCACAGAGCUGCGCAGUCAGCUGGAGCAGCAGCUGAGUGGACGGGCUGAGACGCAGCCUCGAGCCCGGAGACAACUCUUCAGCGACAACGUUCCCUCCCCUCCUGUGAGAGACACUGGACUCGUCUGUCCUUCCUCUCCUCUACGUCCUGCACAGAAACAUGCCGAGGACGCGGCAGCAGUCCGUCGAGCAGCCUCGACCCUGCAGGGUCGAGCCCCAGACGGCCCGUUCGCCAACCGUCAUGGCCACCACGCAGUCGGCCACGUUGAUAACUUGAAGGCCCUGCAGCAGCAGAUCCUGGAGGGCGUCGCUCUCCUCCGCAGGAUGGAGGCCACCCUGUAUCCCCUGAGCGCGCCACAGGAGUUCAGCCUCCUUCAGCCCUCAGACUCAGGUUCUGUCAGAAAGCUGCUGUCUGACACUAAGACCAUGCAGCAGAUCCUGCAGGAGGCCGAUUCUCUGCUCCGGAGCUUCUGGAGAGCAGCUCUGCCAAACUGCAUGGAAACCAAACAGGAGGAGUCUCUGAGGCAGGAGGUGGUUUCUCUCCGUCUGAGCCUCUCAGAGAAGGAGCAGGCUCUAAAGGAGGCCAUGGAGAGAGUGAAGAGCUCCAGCCGUACCAAAGACAGCAUGGAGCGCUUUAUCGUCAGCCAGCUGUCCAGAACGCAGGACGUGUUGAGGAAGGCCAAGACAAACUUACAGGAGAAUGAGCUCAGGAUUCGCCGUGCCUCUUUCUCCUUUCCUCCUCCCUGCUCCUCCUCUUUUUCCUCCUCCUCCUCCUCCUCCUCCUCCUCCUCCUCCUCCUCCUCCUCCUCCUCCUCCUCCUCCUCACUCCCCUGGCCUGAUGAAGAUGAAAACUCUGGAGGCUUCUGUGAGCUCACCUUCUCUCCUGGUUGGGGUGUCAUGAGGCCCCAGACCUCCUCCUGCUCCUCUGCUGUCCUUGGACCAGCUCACCAGCGCCCCUUGCAGGCAGCCUUCUUUUAGUGCACCAGCUCCCUCAGUGUCGCCUCCCAUUCAAACAGAAAAUGCUGGAAAUUGUUAUUGGCUGGAGGAACGUUUCAGCUGAGUUCACUUGCUGUCUGAAUGUUUUACUGGCUUUCUGUCGAUUGAUUUGAUUUGAUUGACUGUUUUUGGAUGUGAAUGAGUGUGAUCGUUGCACCUCCGGUGUAACGUGUGUGUCUGCGUUUCGAGGACUUUCCUCGAGGCCACCGAAGUGUUUUCUCUCCUUUAUAUGAAACCAGACUGAGUUUGGCUGAAGUCGGCUUCUGAUUCACAGCUUCUGAUGAAGCCCCAUUUUUUCACAUUUUCAAAAUAAAAGUUUAACAAAUGUGAAAGCAGGUUUAAAAUGGUUUUAUGCUAUGUGAUGUGUAAUCUCACAGCAGAGGAAACCUUCUCCCCGAUCAGGAGCCAACCUGAGCCUCCUUCUUCAGUAUGUAAGAAACAAAAGUCCACUUGAUGGCAGCAGGAGAGAAAACCAAACUGCAAAGUGCUUCCUCUCAGCCUCUGCUGAGGCUCGUGUUUGUAGUUAGCGUGUAUAAGCUGCAUGUGGUUUGAGCAGCUCUAGGAAACAAAGCCAUACCCUCAGACGGGACAGUAAACAUGUUUUGAUGAUGUCCUGAUUGACAAAAAAAAACCAACUACUGAUAACAAAUAGAAACUACUACAAGUACCAGCAGAGUGUGUGGUCAGAUGGCUGGUAGAAGAUGUUCUCACAAGGGAACCCAAACUUAGGGAGUUUUACUGCUGAAUAAAGAGCGAGUCCAGCCCAGUUUGUCCUGCUGAAACACUGAGCUGCCAUGAGGUGCAGCAUCCUCACACUGAACUCAUUGGGCUGCUGUGAUGCCUUCACUGACCUGUCCAAUAGUCUGUGUCACACAGUGCACAGGAGGUCCACAGGAGAUGACAUUUCAUUUUUGUAACCAGAAAAAUGGACCACAUGUUUUUUAUGAUCCUUUUUGUUGCUUUUUUUUGCUAAAUUUGUGAAUCUUUUGAAUUUCCCACAUGAUGACAAUCACUUUUAAAUAAAAAGACAGGAUGAACAUCUGUAAGGAUUACUGACACUCACUGUGUUUCCACAUUUUAUCUCCGUUUCACUUUGUCUUGAUUUCUCUGUGAAGUAGUUUAGUUGUUUCUGUUUGUGCAUGAACUAUGGCUUCGCUGACCUGCAAUACCUUUUCUGAAAUAUGCAAUUUUUGGGUUUCUGUGCAAUAAUGUGUUUGCUUUUUGUGGAUGUUUUAGGCCUGGGUAUUAAAGUGCCAAGCCAGUUGUUUUAGCUUUGACGCCGAAUUCAUUUUAACAGACUCUUUUGGAUGUGCAGUUUUAUGCUGACGGGAUGUCUGCCCCCCCCCCCCCGUUUUAAUGACCCCCUCAUUGUUUUAUAAUGUGGAAUAAUUGUGAAAGAGCUCUGCAGUGUUAUGCUUAUAAAGCAAUAAGAUUAACCAAAGUGAACAACUUGUAUGUUGUCCAGUCGGGUGUAAAGUGAUUGAGCUUGACAGGUCAAAGGUCAGACUCUCAUGUCAUGUCUGUUACAUGUUAACAGGAGUGUGAACGUCACUGCAGGUUUGUCGCUGUUUAAAAAGACCAGCUGUAUUUUUAUGCAUGUUCUCUUUAUUAAAACUGUUUUGGGGUAGAAGAAAAGAACCUUUUCAAUAAAACAGGUUGAAACAA